AUUGACUGGAAAACAACGAGCUGUGGGAGGCUGUGGGAUAUCGGGUGAGGGAAGGGAUACAAACCAAAGCUCUCACCACGCUGCCAUCUUUACCUCUCUUUGUUUUUUCCCCUCUCUUUCACCCUGGAAUGAAUAUAACUGCUGCUGCUCAUCACUGGCUUUUGCUGCGAGGGGAGGCACAGAUUCUCCUGGUCUGAGAAGAUCGAGCUGCUCACUAACAAACAUCAGCUCAUCUAACAGCAGAAAUCAAGCUGACAGGGGACGCCAUGGAAGCCCCUCUUGUUUGCUUGGACGAGGAGUUUGAGGACCUCCGGCCCUGUCGGAUGGAUGAGCUGGACCAUCCAGCUCUGAACCUCUCCUGUUACUCUACCACCACCACCACCACCACAAUGGUCCCACUUGCCUCCAUCACCCGCGAAGAUUUCUCCGAGCUGGAGAAUUUCUCCGAGAUGAUGAGCUUCAAGUCGAUGGAGGACCUGGUCAACGAGUUUGAUGAGAAGCUCAACGUCUGUUUCCACAACUACAACACCAAGACUGAAGGCCUGGCGCCCAUACGCAACCAGUCACACAAUCAGGAGGAUGAGGAGCGGCUGCAGGAUGAAGAUGUGUGGGAUGCUCUAACUGACAACUACACCUCCACCUGGGACGGCCCAAACUCUGAGGGACUCAACGGCAACCUUUCUGAGCAGGAGAUUCAUGAAAAAGACGAAGAAGAAAUGAAUGAGAAGAACGAUAACGCCAGCUGCCUGAAUGAAGAGCCUCUCAUCACAGCAGAUCAGGUGAUUGAGGAGAUAGUCGAGAUGAUGGAAAACUCUCCGGAUCCUGGAGAAACUGAGGAGGAAGAUGAAGAGGAAAGCAGCCAUUGCUCCUCCAGGACCAAUCCCUCCCUGCUGGAGGAGAUCAGGCAGCUGUCACAGGCCUCCAACAGCAACUGCUCCUAUGAAGGCCUGAGCUUGAUGCCCAGCUCAGCUCUGGUUAAACUGCUGCACCGGGUGGAGGCAGCCAUCCGUGAGUACUCAGAGGAGCUGGUCAACCAGCUGGCUCGGCGUGAUGAGCUGGAGUUUGAAAAGGAGGUGAAGAACACAUUCAUCACAGCUCUGAUGGAAGUGCAGAACAGGCAGAAGGAGCAGCGAGACGGCAGCAAACGGAGACGCCGGGACAAGGCUCUGAGUCUGCAGGGGGGCGGGUCGGUGUCUGUGAACACUGGGAGCACAGGCUCCACGGGACGCUUGGAGAAGACGGGCACCAUGCCCGUCAAGCGUUUCAGCAUGGAAGGACUGUCCAACAUCCUGCAGACAGGCAUUAGACAGACAUUCGGAAGCACAGGAAAUGAGAAGCAGUAUCUAAACACUGUUAUUCCAUAUGAGAAAAAAGGCACCCCUCCAUCUGUCGACGACCUGCAGAUGCUCACAAAAAUCCUCUAUGCUAUGAAGGAAGACAGUGAGAAGGUGCCUACACUGCUGACUGACUACAUAUUAAAAGUUUUGUGUCCUACCUAAAGCACCACCAGGCCAGGGACCAAAGUGUAAAGGAGAAAUAAUCCCAUCCGAGGACUUCUCCAACCUUCCACGUCUCUGGCCAAAACUGCAUGAGCUCCCCUCUUUAACCAUCAUCAUCAUGAAUCCUAACCAUCAACAUUAUCGUAUCCACCUAAACUCCAACUACUGCCUCUCGCUGAGCUCACCUCCUCCUUUCCUGCACAUCAUCUCAGGCCAUCUGAACAGCAAGUGGGACGGCCGAAUCCCACUUUAAUGGGACUUCACUAAUGGAGCAUGACUUGCUAGUAAUGAUCACAAAGAUCACAUUGGUACAGGGAUACAGUGUUUUCACUGCGUUCUUGUUUUUCAUUUCUUUUAAUUUGACUGUCCUUUUGUUUUCUUUGUUUCCUCUAACAGAAUUUCAGUGUUGCCAAGUUUUGACUCUAGUUCAUGAACUGACCUCUUAACCACUGGAUUCUGAUUGUUUGUGUUGACUGAUGCAUACGGACUCUGUCAUCCACACACACUCCCAUGUAUCCUUUCCAAUGAGAAAAGUAAUUCAUUUGAAUACAAAAGCCAUGCACCUUUUUCUGCCAACUCAGUACUGUAGCUCCGCAUAAAUGAGAAAAAAAAACACACUACUACUAUUACGGGUGCAGUGCAUUACAAAGCUUCUUUCACAAUCUGAAUAUCCAGUGCUCUUCUGACUUUUUUGUAUUUUUUAUUUAUUUAUUUUUUUUUCAUUUGUAACUCGAUAUUUGAUAUGAACUCUGUUGCGGAUUUUCUAUUUUUAUUUACUGUGUCAUUUGAGCGACAGGCUUCUGUUCAUUCCAUCCAGCGCAGCCACCAGGAGGUGUGUCAUUGAGUUUUCCGUGGAUAUCAUCCCCUCCUCCCUGACGAGAUGAGCUGAUUUCAGUGAAGAUGUGCUUAUUUGCAUAUUAGCAUAUUUAUGACUUCCUUUGCUCCAUGUAGGUGAAUGUUGCAUCGCUAAUUGCAAAUUCUAAUAAACAUUCUACCCUUAA